AUUGGUUUCACGUAGCAAGCAAGCAGCAACCGUCCGUCUGGUUGUGCAGGUGCCCCUGCCCUCUGUCUGCCCGAGUGCCGAGCUUGUGUGUGUGUGUGCCACCGACACCAGAUGUUGGAAUGGCGAACGGCAAGGCACUCGGACAGCCACAGGGCAGCGGGACACGACACACGCGCAGACAGACGACACACACAGAGAUGCUGUGCUGUGCUGCUACCUACCCUACACUCAGACAGACAGACAGACACCUAGCAGCCCCUCGACGGCAGAGCUCAGCUGCACACAGCCGACAGACAGAUAGAUGAGAUGGGUGGCUGGCUGGAUGGACACGCACCACUUCACGGAAUGCACCAACCGGCCCCGCUGCCUCGGUAUGAUUGAUGUUCGUCUCUCUCUCUCUCUGUGUGUGUGUGUGUGUGCGUGCGUUGCGCUAAGGACACCGGACACCUCUCUCUGUCGGUCUGUUUCUAUCUACGUGAAUGAAAUGAUGACAUGUCUGUCCAUCCUGACGGUCCGUGUGGCCCACCCAACACGGACCACCAGCAGCUGAGCUAGCCACGCAUGGAUCCGAUCCGUCCAGGCAACCAAAACACCAACCAGCGCACACAGGUACAGACAGACAGACAGGCAGGCAGGAAGGUAGCAUAGCAUACCAGACAUACACCCACUUCAACACCACUCACUCACGCCACACCACACCCCACCCCGGCUGGCUAAGCACCUCACUCACUCAGGCCCCUCCCCGUCAUCCCUCUCUCUAUGCUAUGCUACACAUCACAUCCACCCCCGUCGGUGUGUGAGUCGACCCAUCUGUCUAUCUAUCGCCCCCCAUACCCCCGCCCUCUCUGCAUGCCGCCCCUGCCGCGCAUCAUCAUUCCGCCCCCGCCCCCGCCGCCCCGCUGGUUGCUGUAGGGGUUGCCCGCAGCAGCACUGGCCGCCGUGGCGUGAGUGGGGCGGUCGUCGCCCGACCGCUCCCACACAUCCUCGUCUGCCGUCUGGUACACGGUGCCGUCACGCUCCAGCGCCUUGAGCACACCCACCACACGACUCCCUGACACACACACACACACACACACACACACACAGAGAGAGAGAAAGGAGGGAUCCACACACGUGUGCUCAAGCGUGUCCAGUGUUGUGUUGUGUUGUGUAGUGUAGUGUAUGUGUUCAACCUCGCUUAGCUUACGGUUCAUGCCGCUGAACUGGCUGGCCAGCUGCUGGACCAUGCUGUCGACGUGCACCUGGCCUGCCUCAGGGACCAGGAUGUCCAGCAGGGCCGCCUGCACAUCCGGGGGGUUCCCAUACGGCAGGCCUCGAGCCGCCCCACCACCCGCUACCCCGCCCCGCCCGCCCGCACCAUUCAUCUGAGGGCCCGUACCCAUGCCACCGCGGCCACGGCCAGGAGGAGACGGUCCGCCGCGGCCACCACGCUGCUGCUGCUGCAUACCGCCUCGCCCGCCCCCGCCCCCGCCGCCGCCACCCCCUGCUGCUGCUGCCGCAGCUGCCGCUGGCGCUGGGUCUGGUUUCUUGUUGGGGUUGUUUGGGUGUGUCUCCCACUGGGACCGAGUGAUGGCGUGGUCAGGGCAUGUCAUCUGCACGUGGACGUGGGCGCACUCGACGAGGUGGUAGCCGACGUCGGUGAUGUCGUUGUUGGGGACGGGGCGGAUGCUCAGCAGCUGCAGGUAGGUGUUGCCCGCGCCACCGCCCCAGCUCUUGAGUGUCCCCACACACCGUACCAGCAUCGUGUCCUCCUCGAUCUGCUUGGCCUCCUCGCCGUCCGACGACACGAAGCGCUUGCCCUGGACGAGGGCGCCCGUGUGGUCGUCGAGGGUGUAUGUGAUGUGGUUCUGGUCGCGCUUGAUCUGCCGCACCACGCCCACGAUCUCGAGGAUGGGGUCGCCCUGCACCCCGUUGAUCUCGAUCGCCUGGUCGGUCGCCUGGGACCGCUCCACCGCCUGGUGCACCAUGGCACACGUCACAGGGAUCCACCCCGACUCACGUCCGUCGCCACCACCACCACCACCCCCUCCGCCGCCGCCACCAUACCCACUGCUGCGGCCGCCCCCUCCCCCUCCCCCCUGCUGGUAGCCGCCCUGCUGUGCGCUGUCGUCGUAUCCGCCGCCUCCGUAGGCGUCAUAGCCGCCUCCUCCUCCGUCACCUUGGUCGUCGUCAUAGCCCCCGUACGUGUCGCCGAAGAAGGCCAUGAGAUCUGUGGGUGGGCAGAUGGGCGACAGACAAGACGAAGUGGAUGCAUGGGUUGAACCAGCCUUGUGCGUGUGGCCAGCCAGAUGUGUUCGCCUUACUUUACUGGAGAUGCGAUGCUGGCGCAGAUAACGAGAACGAGUCCUCGUCAACACGCACGCGGCUGGUGCGCAAAGAUCUGUGGGCAAGAGAGAAGCCACAGAAUGCAGGAUGGAUGGAUAGAUAGAUCUGCUGGUGGGUGUCUUGGCUCGCUGCUCAUGCAUUCCUUCCUCCUCACCUAUGCGGUCGGUAUCAGCGAGAUGCAGCCAAGUACUUUUGAGCGCAAUGGAUGCUGCAGCUGCAAGUUCUUGUCUGGCGGUCCCUCUCUUAUCGCCCUGCGACGCACAAGCUACCGGCCUGGGGC